AGACCACCUUGGCCCAAGGCUUUUGGCACACUGAGCUUCUGCCGCGCACCAUCGGCCUCUGUUGCUCCACUCCUGCCGCGAUGAACCGCGUGCUGCUCUCAGCAUUCGCCGUCCUACUCGCCAGCCGUGGCUGCAUCGCCAGCGGUGAGACCACCACCAUGCAGGACCGCCGCCUGCUGGAGACCACCACGGCCGACGGUGACCCACCCGACGUCACAGGCGCGGCGGCCCGCAGCGGCGGCCUCGGCACCAUGCUCCUGGCGCUCCUCGCGUUCACGUUCGUGGGCAACGCGGCUGGGGCCGCGGUGGAGGAGUCCACCACCAUGGCCAACGAGCGCCGCCUGCUGGAGACCACUACGGCCGACGGCGACCCACCCGACGUCACAGGCGCGGCGGCCCGCAGCGGCGGCCUCGGCACCAUGCUCCUGGCGCUCCUCACCUUCUUGUCGGUGGGCAACGCGGCUGGGGCCGCGGUGGAGGAGUCCACCACCAUGGCCAACGAGCGCCGCCUGCUGGAGACCACUACGGCCGACGGCGACCCACCCGACGUCACAGGCGCGGCGGCCCGCAGCGGCGGCCUCGGCACCAUGCUCCUGGCGCUCCUCACCUUCUUGUCGGUGGGCAACGCGGCUGGGGCCGCGGUGGAGGAGUCCACCACCAUGGCCAACGAGCGCCGCCUGCUGGAGACCACUACGGCCGACGGCGACCCACCCGACGUCACAGGCGCGGCGGCCCGCUCGGCGGUCCAGACGGCGCCGGCCUUCGCCCUUGCUGCGGCGCUCGGUCUUGCAGCCCGGCGCUGAGAUUUGACGGGGCGCUGCCUGCAGAACGAUAAGUUCCAAGCAUGGCCUCUGAACCAGCCUGUAUUUUGAUUGCCGCCGCUGUCACCAGUGCGGCAUCUCCUUUUCCUGACAAGCGUCACUUGCUCCGCCUUUGCUCGGCCCUUGCUGGACAUGUGGCUCUAGAGGAAUUCAAAUCAGGCAGCCCCAGGCGAGGUGGCCCUCGCAAAACCGCGGGCCGCCGGCGCCGGUUUUUCCCCGGGGGCGGCCGAGACAUGCUGUCACCUCCCCGUCGUCCCCCGCCAGGAGUAGCGGGAGGGUGGACCUGGAGUUCCAUGACCGAUUUUGUCUACGGCGUGUGGCCGAGAGGGAUUCAGGCACAGAUCCGCCUGCCUCGUCAAGCGCAGACUUCGGAUGAGCCACAAUACGUGCAGACCACUGGCGCCACCUUGCCCGUCGAAGAGAAACG